UUGCCAAGGAGCUCGACUCUAGGAGCCGUCUAGAGCCUGGACGCCUCCUUGGGGGUGGGGAAACGGUUUCGUGAGGAGGAUUUGAGGUAACCUCGCCAACUCGCGGUCGGAAACUCCCCUGAACCCCGAAAUAGGAGAGUAAUCCCGUCCUCUCUCGAUCCCGAUGCAGCACCUCGCAAAUGGAAGGGGUCGUCGCGGUUAAGCCCUCGGAUAAGGGAUCGGGGCCCUGCUGGGAUUCGCGCGGAUCCAGGCCGCUCCCGGGCGGGGUGUACUGUCGAGCGGCCCAGGGCAGCCCCCGCUAGAGGCCCGGUUGGGAGUGGGGUCCCCUGUCCCCUGUCCCGAGCUUGGGGAGGGGGACGCUAUUUCUGGGACUCCCAGGAGGCUGCGGGUCGGCGCUCGUGCCAGCCUGGGACCCGGGCAGCACGGUUUCUGUCCCAAAUUGUGCCAGAGAACACGCACGUCCUGGUUUUCAUUGUUCCCCGCCCCCUGCGACUCGUUUGUGGUUAAAAUUAUAAGACCUAAUUAUGAGUGAUCAAAUUAAAUUCAUUGUGGACAGUCUCAAUAAGGAGCCCUUUAGGAAGAACUAUAAUUUAAUCACGUUUGAUUCCUUGGAGCCAAUGCAACUAUUACAAGUUCUCAGUGAUGUUCUGGCUGAGAUUGACCCAAAGCAACUUGUGGAUUUAAGAGAGGAGAUGCCAGAGCAGACAGCCAAACGAAUGUUGAGCCUUCUUGGUAUUCUUAAAUACAAACCUUCAGGAAAUGCCACAGACAUGACUACUUUUCGUCAGGGUUUGGUGAUUGGAAGUAAACCUGUAAUUUACCCAGUGCUCCACUGGCUUCUUCAGAGGACUAAUGAACUGAAGAAAAGAGCAUAUUUAGCUCGCUUUUUAAUAAAACUUGAGGUACCAAGUGAGUUUCUUCAGGAUGAAACUGUGGCUGACACCAAUAAACAGUAUGAAGAGUUAAUGGAAGCCUUUAAAACUUUGCAUAAAGAAUAUGAGCAGCUCAAAGCAUCUGGAUUUUCUACAGCAGAAAUAAGAAAGGAUAUCAGUGCAAUGGAAGAAGAAAAGGAUCAGCUCAUUAAGAGAGUUGAACAUCUGAAGAAAAGGGUGGAGACAGCUCAGAAUUAUCAAUGGAUGCUUAAAAUAGCAAGGCAACUUCGAGUUGAAAAAGAGAGAGAAGAAUAUCUUGCACAACAGAAACAGGAACAAAAGAAUCAGCUAUUUCAUGCAGUGCAAAGAUUGCAAAGAGUACAAAACCAGCUGAAAAGCAUGCGCCAAGCUGCAGCAGAUGCAAAACCUGAAAGUUUAAUGAAGAGGCUAGAGGAGGAGAUAAAAUUUAAUUUAUAUAUGGUAACUGAAAAAUUUCCUAAAGAAUUAGAAAAUAAGAAAAAGGAAUUACAUUUUUUACAAAAAGUAGUUUCAGAGCCAGCAAUGGGCCAUUCUGAUCUUCUUGAACUUGAAUCUAAAAUAAAUGAAAUAAACACAGAAAUUAACCAGCUGAUUGAAAAGAAAAUGAUGAGAAAUGAGCCCAUUGAAGGCAAACUCUCACUGUAUAGGCAACAGGCAUCUAUCAUUUCCCGUAAAAAAGAAGCCAAAGCUGAAGAACUUCAGGAGGCCAAGGAGAAGUUAGCCAGCCUAGAGAGAGAAGCAUCAGUAAAGAGAAAUCAGACCCGUGAAUUCGAUGGUACUGAAGUUUUAAAGGGAGAUGAGUUCAAACGAUAUGUCAGUAAACUUCGAAGCAAGAGUAUAGUUUUCAAAAAGAAACAUCAGAUAAUAGCUGAACUUAAAGCUGAAUUCGGUCUUUUGCAGAGGACUGAAGAACUUCUUAAGCAACGUCAUGAAAAUAUUCAACAACAACUGCAAACUAUGGAGGAGAAAAAGGGUAUAUCCGGAUAUAGUUACACCCAGGAAGAGCUAGAAAGAGUAUCUGCACUGAAGAGUGAAGUUGAUGAAAUGAAAGGACGAACAUUGGAUGAUAUGUCUGAAAUGGUGAAAAAACUGAAUUCACUGGUAUCUGAAAAGAAGUCAGCUCUUGCCUCAGUUAUAAAAGAGCUACGACAGUUGCGUCAAAAAUGUCAAGAACUGACCCAGGAGUGUGAUGAAAAGAAAUCCCAGUAUGAUAGCUGUGCAGCAGGCCUCGAAAGCAAUCGGUCCAAAUUAGAACAGGAAGUUAGAAGACUCCGUGAAGAAUGUCUUCAAGAAGAAAGUAGAUACCAUUAUACAAAUUGUAUGAUUAAGAACCUAGAAGUUCAACUUCGUCGUGCUACUGAUGAGAUGAAGGCAUAUAUCUCUUCUGAUCAACAAGAAAAAAGAAAGGCAAUUAGGGAACAGUAUACCAAAAAUAUUGCUGAACAAGAAAACCUUGGAAAGAAACUUCGGGAAAAACAAAAAGUUGUACGAGAAAGUCAUGGUCCAAAUAUGAAACAAGCAAAAAUGUGGCGUGAUUUGCAACAAUUAAUGGAAUGUAAGAAACAGUGCUUUCUGAAACAACAAAGCCAAACUUCCAUUGGUCAGGUAAUUCAGGAGGGAGGAGAGGACCGGCUAAUACUGUGAAUUGUGUUAUCGUUUGGAGUUUUACUUCAUACCACUAGCUAUAAGCCUAAUCUCAUAAUGUAUUUCUUUUCUGAAACCGAUUUGUAUAGCGUUUUGUUUUCAGAUUAGCCAUUCUUUAUUAAGUUUUUGUAGAAAAUAAUGUUAAGGUAGAUUUAGUCUUAAUGUUUUUUCAUAUGAAAAAGAGGCUUUUAUUAUUUUCCGUAGUUUAGACAUCACUGGCAUCUUCUGAGUUUUAUGAGACAGGAAACUAAGUUUACUAUCUGUAAAUGUAAACAUAUGUCCAUUGAGAAACAUGUAGUUUUUUUUUAGGAUGUAAUAACCCAAUGGCUUACUGUUUUUCUUAAUCUUUUUUUAAAAAACUUUAGAAGAAUCUUUUAGGAAUUAGUAUCUCUUGUUUUGAAGAAAUGUUUAUCUGAAGUUCAGCAGUUCGUACAGUUUCACUUCAGUUUAUUUUUCUUCUGUAAAAUGCAAGAAAAUUUAAUAUUUUGACUAACAUGUUCUGUUUGUAUAAUUUAAAGGCAAAUAAACUUGGUACAUAUUUUAUGUCUAUUUAAAAAAUGU